AUGAAAGAAUACACACUCCUUCUCUUCUUGGCUUUGUGCUCUGCCAAAUCUCUCACUGGUCCUUCAUAUUUUACACUAAAGAAUAUGAUGCUCCAAGACAUGGAAGAUGAUGAUGAUGACGACGACGAUGAUGACAAUUUGCUAUUUCCAACCACUGAACCAAUUAUGCCACUAAUUCCUUUUGAUCUGUUCCCAACAUGCCCCUUUGGAUGCCAGUGCUAUUUAAGAGUUGUCCAUUGCUCUGACCUAGGUUUGACAUCAAUUCCUCGCAACAUCCCACCAGAUACUCGUAUGAUUGACCUUCAAAACAACAAAAUUAAAGAGGUCAAGGAAAAGGAUCUCCAAGGACUCACAUCACUUUAUGCAUUGGCUUUGAACAACAAUAAAAUCUACAAGAUCCAUCCCAAAGCCUUUGAAUCAACAAAGAGGCUACGACGACUGUAUUUGUCCCAUAACCAGCUAACUGAGAUUCCAACAAACCUACCAAGAACUUUAGCAGAGCUCAGAAUUCAUGCUAAUAAGGUUAAGAAAAUCCCCAAGGAUGUAUUUAAAGGAAUGAAGUCUCUACAUGUUUUAGAAAUGAGUGCAAAUCCUCUCAACAAUGAGGGGAUAGAGCCAGGGGCUUUCGAAGGAGUGAAUAUCUAUCAUAUAAGAAUUGCAGAAGCAAAGUUAACUUCAAUUCCUAAAGGAUUGCCCUCCAGUCUGUUAGAGCUUCAUUUAGACGACAAUAAGAUCACAGGAAUUGAACUUGAGGAUUUCAACCGCUACAAAGAUCUCCAAAGGCUUGGCCUCGGGAAUAAUAAAAUCAAAGAUGUGGAAAAUGGAAGUUUUGCCAACAUACCAAGUAUACGUGAAAUCCAUCUGGAAAAAAACAAGCUCAAGAAGGUUCCUCCUGGGUUACCUGAACUGAAAUAUCUGCAGGUUGUCUUCCUUCAUUCCAACCACAUUGCAAAACUGGGAGUGAACGACUUCUGUCCCACAGGCCGAAGAAAGAAGAAAGCCUUAUACAGUGGCAUCAGCCUCUUCAACAACCCUGUGAAGUACCAGGAGGUGCAGCCUUCUACUUUCCGCUGCAUUUUAGCCAGGAACAGUGUGCAACUUGGCAAUUUCCUCAAGUGA